AUGGAGAGAUCUCACUCUCAGACUCAGUACAGGAUGUAUGUGAAGAGAGAACAGCACUCACACCUUGGAGAUUACUCAUCGUGGGAAGAAAGGGCUUUUGCUGAAGACGCAGCAAGGAUACUUGGUGGGAACAUGUGGCCUCAAAGAUCUUACUCUUGCACCUUUUGCACAAGAGACUUCAAAUCUGCUCAAGCCCUUGGGGGUCACAUGAAUAUCCACCAAAGGGACAGGGCUAGGCUCAAACAACAAAAUCAUCUUAGCCCUCAUCACAAAAAUCAUCAUUUCAUCAUCAAAUCCUUAUUAGGUAAUAAUAAACUUCAUUUCUCAUCUGCACCAGAAAUCUCCACCCAGUUAGAUUGUGGUCUUACUCAUCAUGCUUGUUAUUCUUCUAGCCCUGCAACUACAAUCACAACAACCAGACUCUUCUCUUGUAUAUCAUCCACACAAGAUCAAAAUUGUGGCCACCAUAAUUUUUCACCUUCUUCUUCUAAUUCUUGUUCUUCUUCAAUUAUCUUGGGACACGUAGGGUCUCCUAAUUCAGAACAAGAAGGGGUAGUCAAAGCAAGGGACUAUAAAUUUAAUGGCUUGGGUUGUAGUAAUUAUGUUGAAACAAGUUUGUCUGUUGGACUGACUUCAAUGUUUGGCCAAAAUUCAUCAUCACCAACAACCGUUCCUUGUGGGGACAGAUCCAACAACAGUUGCAAGAGACUAAGGAGUAGCAUUGUUUCUUCUCUGCCUCUCUUUCCCAAGCCAUGUUCAAAUGAUAAAAGCUCGGCUUUUCAACCUGUGGUACAUGGAACGGUUGAAGACUUGGAUCUUGAACUCAGGCUAGGGAAACGUAACAGAAACUUAAGUAGUUAA